AUGAGAAGAAUGACCGACAAAGCGUUGUGUGAGCCCCUCGUAUCCUCUUCAGUUACCGGCGCCGACGACACUAUGUAUCCCCCGCAAGAGUACUCACGCCAGGAGUACACAACUCACGAGUACCAAACUUAUUCAUCCACUUCCUCCUCAUCCUCCUCUUCCACCUCCACCUACCACGUGCAAGCCACUCAGUACGUGGAGGCUACUCAAUAUAUGGAGCCCACCCAACAUUCAGAGGAGACUAUCACUCGCAAGGAGACCAAGCCUGUGUUUGAGGAAGUUUCCUCUUGCGAGUUUGCCAGACCUGCCGCUUGGCGUCAGGAUGCCGCCAGCGAGGCCGAUGUUAAGCCUCAGAUUUCUGUCAAAAGGGAGGUCGACGUUGAAUACCGCGACGGCGAGGCAGACGGAGGGGGGCCAGGUGUGAUCCGAUGUGUGGAGACGAGCAUGCCGCCCCCCGACUCCCAUUGCUAUGACCCCCGGGCUAGGCGACCCUCGGGAGGCUUCGCUAGACCAUUGGAUGUGCCCAGGGAGAUCAUCCGUACCCCUCAUGGUGCCAGGUACCGGGACGUGCGUCGUCCCCACGACCCAGUACGACUUGACCAGACACGCCCCCCUGAUCAAGCUCGCCAAGACCAAGUGAGAGUGUCUGAGUGUCCGCCUCCCACGCCUUCGUCACCAUCGUCCUCCACCACGUCUUCCUCCUCUACCGGUCGACCACGUGCCUCUGGCAAGAAGGAGCGCAAAAAGGAAGACACGGACGACGUCUCAAGCUCCAUCCCCGACUUAGGUACUCUCUACCUACAGUCCAAAGGUGCCAACAGUCCAAAUGUACUCCCCACCAAAAUUCCAAAGGUACUCCCUACCAACAGUCCAAAGGUACUCCAUACCAACAGCCCAAAUGUACUCUCUACCAACAGUCCAAAGGUACUCGCUACCAACAUUCAAAGGUACUCCCUGGCAACAGUCCAAAUGUACUCACCUACCAACAGUCCAAAUGUAAUCCCUACCAAUAGUCCAAACGUGCUUCCCACCAACAGUCCAAAGGUAUUCCUUGCCAACAGUCCAAAUGUACUCACAUACCAACAGUCCAAAUGUACUCUCUACCAACAGUCCAAAGGUACUCCCUGGCAACAGUCCAAACGUACUCUCUACCAACAGCCCAAAGGUACUCUCUACCAGCAGUCCAAAUGUACUCCAUACCAAAGGUCCAAAGGUACUCUUUACCGACAGUCCAAAGGUGCUCCCUACCAGCAGUCCAAAGGUGCUCCCUACCAACAGUCCAAAGGUACUCCCUACCAACAGUCCAAAGUGAUCCCUACCAACAGUCCAAAGGUACUCCCUACCAACAGUCAAAAGGUGCUUUACCGACAGUCCAAAGGUGCUCCUACCAACAGCCCAAAUGCUCCCUACCAACAGUCCAGGUACUCCCACCAACAGUCCAAGUCCAAGUACCCAAAAGUUACUCCUAGCAACAGUCCAAAGGUAUUCCCUACCAACAGUCCAAGGUGCUCCUACCAACAGUUCAGUGCUCCCCACCAACAGUCCAAAGGUACAACAGCCCAAAGGUACUCUCUAUCAACAGUCCAAAGGUACUUCUAUCAACAGUCCAACGUUCUCUUUAUCAACAGUCCAAACGUGCUCCUACCAACAGUCCAAAGUUACUCCCCUAGCAACAGUCAAAGUCCUAGCUCCUCACCCAGCUCAAAGGUGCUCAAGGUGCCCUACCAACAGAAAAGUUUCAACUCCCUCCACCAACAAGGUCAAGGUGCUCCUACCAACACAAGUUCUCCACCAACAGUCAAAGGUUCCUACCAACAGUCAAGGUUACUCCCCACCAACAGUCCAAGGUUCCCUACCAACAGUCCAAAGGUGCUCCCUACCAACAGUCCAAAGUUACUCCCCACCAACAGUCCAAGGUUCCCUACCAACAGUCCAAAGGUACUCCGUACCAACAGUCCAAAGGUACUCCCUACCAACAGUCCAAAGGUGCUCCCUACCAACAGUCCAAAGGUGUUCUACUCUUGGGUGAUCUCAGAUAUGGAUGGAUAUAAUGGGUUUAGGCAAGAAAAAAAUGGAUGGAGGCGUCAUCUGCUGCCUCAAGUUACUGACGCCUUCACCAACAUGGCGGCGCCUCUCGCUCAGUGA